CCCGAACCUUAUCUUGAACAACAUCCUCCUGAGUAAAUCUCUACCCAUUUCGGGUUAUUUGGAGGAUUUGUUCCUUUGAUUAUUUGAUGCUGAACCAACAGCUUAUAUUGUUGUCAAUUAUUGUUUGCGGACAGGCAUAUAUAUGUCAAGACCUGAGCCUCAAUAGACGCCACAAAGUACAAACAAAAGGACAGUUCCCUCACAUAACGACACGACUUCAACGACACCUCGAGUCUCAAGCAUUCAAAAACUCUUUAUUCAGCUCAGAGACGUCCUUCUUUUGUAAAACUAAGAAAAAAUACAUGUCCUAGCUCGAUCUCAACCACGUCCGUUCUCUGUCUAGGGCUUGAGGCCACCCUCACCUCAGACUGCGUGUCCUAUACCGGAUGAGAUGCAAAUCGAUUUCACUCUAUAAAGGUCUCUAAAUCGUCCAAAGAACUAGAUGAGCUGCAAAUCACUAUAGCCCACUUUCCGAUAACCCUGGAUGAGAACAGCCAAAUCUCACAAUGCCAAAAAGCAAGAAGCUAGGGUCGGUAUUGCCAGCCGAAGCCGUCGGCCAAAGUAUAGGAGGUCCUAGUGGACGCUUAUCCACGUCUCUUGAGAUUGAGGACUCAUCAAAUGAGAACCUCAAGCAUCGCCUCCAUGAGUGGGCAGCCUCUGGAGCACGCAACGACGAUGAAGCAGGUUCGGAAUAUGAGAUGCUUAUGGACCCGAAUCUACCUCAGGAGUAUGAGACACGACGAAAGGGUUCAGGAGAGUCUGGUGAUGAAACAGCGCUGCUCAGCGAUGAUGCAGAUGACGAAGAGGAAGAAAACUCCCCUUAUCCUGAAGUUCGAGCUGCGGUAAGAAACUUCGACGAAGAUCUUCCAUGCAACACAGUUAGAGCUUGGACUAUAGGAAUGCUUCUCGUCAUUGUAGGGGCUUCGAUGAACACCCUAUUCUCUCUCCGCCAACCAUCCAUCAGUAUUGGGCCUCUCAUCGCUCAAAUCGUUGCGUGGCCUAUGGGUCAUGGCUGGGCGAAGUUCGUGCCCGACAGGGAGUUCACCACUUUUGGUAUAACGUGGACUCUGAACCCUGGUCCCUUUAAUGUUAAGGAACACGCAAUUAUCGUUGUCAUGGCCAGUGUGUCAUUCUCUGUUGCGUAUGCUACCGAUAUCAUCCUUGCACAGGUCAUCUUCUACAAGCAGGACUUUGGUCUUGUGUUCCAGCUUCUCCUGACUAUCUCCACGCAGUCUGUGGGAUAUGGCAUUGCAGGGAUGCUACGCAAGUUCUUAGUCUAUCCCGCAUCCAUGAUCUGGCCCGAGAAUCUUGUUGGUGUAACUCUUAUGAAUGCCAUGUACGAGACAAACGAUACACCAGAUCCUACCAUUCUAGGAGGCAGAAUGCACAGAUACAAGUGGUUCGUCAUUGUAACUGCAUGUUCCUUCGUAUACUACUUCAUUCCAGGAUUUCUGGCGCAAUUUCUGAGUAUCUUUGCUGUGGCCACCUGGAUGGCGCCUCAGAAUCCUAUUGUGAAUCAGCUAUUCGGAGGGCAGACAGGUGUUUCGCUUCUUCCCAUCACCUUUGACUGGACUCAAAUAGCAGGAUACGUUGGCUCGCCGCUCAUUCCGCCGUGGCACGCCAUCGCCAAUACCGUCAUCGGAGUUGUUCUCUUCUUCGUUAUAGGAUCAUCUUUUCUUCACUAUGGCGGAGCGUGGUACGCUGAGUAUUUGCCCAUGAGUGACUCCGGAACUUACGACAACACGGGGGCUCGCUACAACACCACUCGAAUUCUCACGAAGGACUUCACAUUGGAUGAAGAAGAGUACAAGAACUACUCACCCCUUUUUAUUAGCACCACUUUUGCCAUCUCUUACGGCUUGUCGUUCGCUGCUAUAUCGUCACUCGUUGUCUACACCUAUCUCCACAACGGAAAGCAGAUCUGGCAACAAUGGAGAAACAGCACUAACGAGAAGCCUGAUAUUCACAUGAAACUCAUGAGAAAGUAUAAAGAGGCUCCUACGUGGUGGUAUAUGUCCCUAUUUGCUGUUAUGCUCCUGAUUGGGUUCUAUACAGUACUGGGCUACCCAACUAAUCUCUCCUGGUGGGCUUUCUUACUUGCCAUAGCCAUCUCUUUUGGGUUUGCUCUGCCUAUAGGCAUUAUCCAAGCUGUUACAAACACUCAAAUUGGCUUGAAUGUCUUGACAGAGUUCAUCUAUGGAUAUCUUCAGCCAGGUCGACCUCUAGCCCUCAUGAUCUUCAAAACAUAUGGAUACAUCACAAUGGCGCAAUCACUUCGUUUUGUCUCGGACUUGAAGUUCGGACAUUACAUGAAAAUCCCCCCUCGAACCAUGUUCCUGUCUCAAGUCGUCGCCACUACAUUCUCGUGCUUCAUCCAGAUCGUCGUUCUAAACCUGUCCCUGAAAAAUAUCCCUGACGUCUGCGAGCACCACCAGGUCGAUCACUUUACCUGUCCUGGUGGUCGUGUCUUCUUUGCUGCGUCUAUCAUCUGGGGCCUUCUCGGCCCUGCACGCAUGUUCUCCCCUGGUCAGGUAUACUCUGGCCUCUUCGUCUUCUUUAUCUUGGGUGCCAUCACACCAAUAGUUAUCUAUGUCUUAGCCAAACGAUGGCCGAGGUCUCCGGUGCGAUACCUCAUGGCACCCCUCAUAUUCGGAGGUGCAGGGGCGAUCCCGCCUGCAACACCGCUGAAUUAUCUCUCGUGGGGUAUCGUUGGCUUCGUCUUUCAGUUCUGGAUCAAGAAGCGCCACUUCAGGUGGUGGACCAGACUCAACUUCCUAACGUCGUCAGCUCUCGAUCUAGGUCUCGCCCUAGCGACGUUGUUCAUCUUCUUUGCCUUUACGCUGCAUGGUGUAGAUCCGCCAAGCUGGUGGGGAAACAAUAUUGUCACUUCGACGAUGGAUGUCCAGGGGACCGCGAUACAAGCUCAUGUACCGGAGGGAGGGCGAUUCGGGCCCGAGAACUGGUGAUGUAAGAGGUGCAUAUGAGAUGAACUAUUGUAUCUAGAAGUGCAUAUCUUAGCAAAUUUGUUGGUGGCUGAUGCAUCAGCAGAACCAUUUGAUGCAACUUAACAGUCAGAGACAUAUUGACUCUUGAUGUUUAGAGUUAUCUCAAAGUACUCACUCAACAACCAGUCAGACUCAACGUGGUGCGUGUCACGCAGAUGGACAAUAAGCCCACCGCCCGCAAAGUCGAGAAACUGAGACAUAUGCAAGACUGUACGGCAUUGCACUGCAUUGCAUUGCCUGCCGGGA